AUGAAUUGCUUCCCAUGUUUUCAACGGAAGAACAAGAAGCCAAAUGGUAGGAGUCUGCAUGUUGUGGCUCAUGCAAUUUGUGAUCCUGGUGAAGAACCACCGCUGCCAGUGUUUGGCAGACAAAAACUAUCAUCUGAAGCCGAACACAGGAGGGAUGCAUCUAGCACUGUCAACACUGGAAAUAUUGCGGCACAGACUUACACUUUUCGUGAGCUAGCCGCUGCAACAAAGAAUUUCCGGAAAGAAUGCCUAUUGGGUGAAGGUGGAUUCGGAAAAGUUUUUAAGGGAUCACUCCCUGAUAGUGAGCAGGUUAUACGGACUUCAAUUUAG